GGAGGCUGGGACUCAUGUGGUGGUGGGGCAGGCCAGACAGGCUGACUGGCUGAGCUGUGUAACACACAGUCCUGCUCAGAGAGAGUGAGAGUGAGAGAGAGAGAGAGAGAGAGAGAGACAGAGAUCUGAGAGCAGAGAGAGAGAGAGAGAGAAGGGGAAGAGAGAGAGACUACAGGAACGCAGUCAGUUGCCUGUGCUGCUCAGUACCAGAAACAGGGAGCUGGGGAGGAAAUGGAGGGGCUCAGGAUCAUCGGCGGGAACUGACAUUACAGACCAGGAGAGGAGAGGAGAGGAGAGGAGAGGAGAGGGAGAACUAUUGGAGAGGAGAGGAGGAAAGGAAGGGGCUCGUCUGCACAACAGAAGAUUUCUAAGGAGAGAGCCCAGGGUUGAAUGGGACCCACUAUGCCGCCCAGUAAGAAGGCCAGCAGCCAGAACAACGGAUUAGUAGCCACCCAGGGUCUGAGUCCUUUCUACAGGGAGACGGAGGCAACAGACCUGUCCUUGUCCCUGUCGGCCUCCUUCUCCAAGGCCGAGGACGAGGAGCUCACCAGCCUCUCCUGGCUCCACGAGAGCACCAACCUUCUCAACAGCUUCUCUCACUCGGGGCUCCGCUCCGUCUCCCCCCUGCAAGAUCCUGAUGGUCACCCCCUACCCCCCCUCUCCCCUUCCUCCUCCUCCCCCUCCCCCGAUCCAUGUGACUCCUCUUCCUACGACAUGGCCACGGGAACCAAUAAGAAGCCCCCGUAUUCCUUCAGCUGCCUAAUCUUCAUGGCAAUAGAGGAUGCGCCAUCCAAGAGGCUGCCGGUGAAAGAUAUCUAUGGUUGGAUCCUGGAGCAUUUCCCCUAUUUUGUUAGCGCCCCUACUGGCUGGAAGAACUCGGUGCGCCAUAAUCUGUCGCUCAAUAAGUGUUUCAAGAAGGUGGACAAGGACAGGAGUCAGAGUAUAGGUAAAGGCUCGCUGUGGUCCAUAGAUCCAGAGUACAGACACAACCUGAUCCAGGCCUUGAAGAAGACCCCGUACCACCCCUACUCCCCGGGACUGGUUACCCCCUUCACCUCUUCUCUCACCUCUCCUCAGGCAUAUCACAGUCCUCUACUUUGGCCAAGGAGUCCCUUCUUCAGAAAGAAUGGAGUUCUCUUACAAGUUUCUCAAGGCGUGAUCCAAAAUGGGGCCUGCGUCAGGAGCCAUUGUCUGUUUCCUGUCAUCCGACCCCUACCCAUUAGCCCCGUGGGCAGAAGGACCACUGCGAUAAGGUCAGCUCUGGGAGACUACCUGACCCCCUGUGACACCUCCCACCCUCCCAGCGACGACCUCCAGGAGGAUCACAACUACAGCAAUGCCAAAUCCCCCAGCAUGCCCUGUUCUUCCCAGGGGCCCUCCGUGUCCGACGAAGACGAUGAAAUCAUUGCAGUGGAGGUGGGAGUCCACCGAGGGGUCAAAUCCGAACCUAAAGAAGUCCCACUGGACUCUGCCUCCGUCUCCUUCCUAUCCCAGCAUGCCCGGCGACGGGGACUGCCCUGGACCAAAAACCGCCUGCGGGCCCUGGGUGACACACUGCCGCUGAAGAAGCGCCGUUCGGCAGCAUCGGCAGAGAAGCCGCCGUUGGAGAGCGAUGAUGAGGAGAUGAAGGAGGCGGCUGGGUCGUUGCUCCACCUGGCGGGAGUCAGGGCGUGCCUCAACAACAUCACAAACCGGGCCAAGGCUGCUCAGAAAGAGAAGGAGCAGAAAGAGGCCCUCAGAAACUAACUAAUGCCAGGCCAUAGAGAGGCCUACACAUCAGGCCUGUACACCUGGCCUACACACCUGUCCAGCACACCUGGACUACACACAUAUCGCCAUGGCCUAGAAAGUAAUAGCUGAGACACGCCACAAAGACCAACGGCUAAAAGCAGCAUUACAAGGUGUGUUAACAAUCACCUGCUGGGUGUUGACAAAUGGUGGAGAUUCAACAUGUAGAAACGUUGUGAAAUGAACAGAAAAGGACAGCAGAUAUUCUGGUCAGAUUAGAUAGGAAGGACACCAGCUGCUUCUAACCAUUGGUGGUGCGUUGUGUCUCUGAUGCCUGAUUCCCACUAUUGACCCAAUCUAAAGCCUAUACUGUGCUGGCUCUGAACAUUUAUUUUCAGAGUGUCCUUUCCAGCAUGGUUCCAGCAGCAACUAUGGUGGAUGAGGGUAACCAGGAAGCCCCAGUACAUCUCGGCUUGGCUCAGCUCAACUUUGGCUUCCAUAGUGUGAAAAGGGUGUUCAGGCCUGGGCAGAGAGUCCUUCAGUAGGACGACACACCAGGUCUACACACUGACCUAUCAACCACCAACGGGCCAAGACAAAGAACUCUAUUCAAGCAUUAGUCUCAAUAGACAUUACUUCAUCUAUCUCUCUCACUCUAUCUCUCUCUAGCUCUCUUUCUCUCCUCCAGGGGCAUUAGGAGCAUCUUACUUAUGUGUGGCAAUAUCAGAAAUCCAUGUUUUCCUAUACGUUUCCUAUAUGUUUCCUAUAUGUUUCCUAUACAUUUCCUAUAUGUUGCCUAUACGUUUCCUAUAUGUUUUCUAUACGUUUCCUAUACGUUUCCUAUACGUUUCCUAUACGUUUCCUAUAUGUUUCCUAUACGUUUCCUAUAUGUUUCCUAUACGUUUGCUAUACGUUUCCUAUACGUUUCCUAUACGUUUCCUAUAUGUUUCAAUGCUAACUCUGAUGGGUAAUUGAUUCUCAUGUGUCUCAUGUUGAUGUUUUUAUGUUGAGUAAAGGGAUGCAAGCCAUAGAAAAAUAUGUUUUGUCACUAAUUAGGGAAAAACAUAGUAGAAAAUGUCAUGUUUGAGGAGACUAGCUGACCGUUUUGUGUAAUCUGUGUCAGAGGCUACGUCUGUAUCUGUAGCAAAUAUCCAGUAAUGUAAGCAAUGUAAGCAAGGAAGUUGAGCCAAUAAUACUUACAGUUUUAAAACAGUUAAAACCUCCUGCUCACACAUCCUAUAUGCCCAUGAGCACAACAUGUAAGACUGUGCCAAAGACAAGCGACCAGGUUGCCUGAUGUAGGCAAUCUGCUUACAAAGACAAAUGUAAAGGCAUAGCAACAUCAUAUAUGGUCAUGUAUGGCUCAGUUGGUGUAGCACGGCUGUUGCACCACCUAGGGUUGUGAAUUAAAUACCCGUGGCUACCCGCAUAAAUUGUGUUCAUGCACAACUGUAAGUUGCUUUGGAUAAAAGCAUCUGCUCAAUGGCAAUGAAUAUAUUAUUACAUCAGAAGAUCUUCAGAGAAGAGACAGGAGAAUACCGUAAAUGUCUAAACAAUUGUAAAAAUCCGUUCUUAGAGAAUCACGCAUGUACUUAAUUGACAUUCAUUACAGCUAUUUCUAUUACCAAUAGUGAAGACAUCAUGGAGAACGGGGCACGAUUCCUUUAAGAGCACUUUUUAAUAUUUAUGGAUAAUUAGAACUUUGCUGUUACAAUGUUUUUGUUGUCAUGGUGACGACUUAGUGCCGGGUCAGAGGCAAUAUAUCUCCUCCAUCUUGUGCUUGUUGCUCAUCUGCAUCUGAAAUUGCACCCUAUUCCCUUUACAGUGCACUACCUUGUCCAGAGCGUCAUGGGCUCUGGCCAAAAGUAGUGCACUAUCUAGGGAAUAGGAUGCCAUUUCAGACACAGUUUCACUUAGACUAUGUCCCUCAAACUCUUCCAGAAUUUCUCUUCUAUUAAAAAGUGAAUGUCAGUUUAAAUAUACCCCAUGUUACGACACCUGCCUAUCAUUUAACAGACUCACAAAACUAUUUACAUAAAUUGUGGAUUCGUUGUCGUUUUAUCUCUGUUUGAAAUGUUUCCCAUUCUUCCUACUCUCAUAAAAGUAUAAGCAAUUUGUCCAGUCUGGACAACUGUAAAAAGGUUAGAAAAUAUUUUAUUUUUCCUUUCUUAAUUGAAGCAAUUUGACCUGCAGGACUUUCUCAGUUAUAUUGCAUGGGUGCUUGUAAAUAAGAUACAAAAGUAAAUCAUUUUUUAUUCAAAGAUCAUGUAAUAUAAACAAUGUAUUUAGCAUGAAGCAUGACUUAUUUUCAUAUAAACUUAGAUCCUACAAGAGAAAACUAAGUUUUUGCAGACAAUUCUUAUACCCUCGAUUUUUGUUUAAUUUAAUUUGAUUAUUUUUUUUGUAAAUUGAUAAUUGUAUUUCUUCAGAUGAGCAGAUUUAUAAAGACAAAUCUUCCUCAAGGAGAAAUGUUAUGGGGAAAUCACUCUGCAAUUAUGAGGCCCUUCUGCUCUGUGCUUUAGGUAUAACAGACCUGGGUUUAAAUACUAUUUGAAAGCUUUCAAAUACUUUGAAUGACCUUGAGUGCCAGAUGGGCAGGGUUUGUACUUUGGGACUUUUCUAUUUGUUCCAUUGAGGCAAGCCCUAUCAAGCACAGCCCAAGUAUUUUAAAUUAUGUCAAAUACUGUAGCGUUUAAACCCAUGUCUGUUAGGUAUAAGGCAAGAUUGAAAAGCCUCUAGUAUGGUUUUCAGUCUUCUGCCUCUUAUAAUAUAAAUAUGUCAAUGGUCUAGUGUUUUUCAGAAGUUAUCAAUAGUGUGUGUGUGUGAGUGUGUGUCCAACAACCAUACACCCUUUAGCAUUGUGCCUGUUCUCAAGGCGUUGUGUUCCGAUGUCUUUGAUUGACAUUAUUUCAUAUUGAACAGCACAUAUUUCUUUAUUUAUCACAGUAUUGUCUCAUUUUGUGAAUAUGUCACUAUUGGGUCCGAGUUUUCUCCUGGCAGAAACCUCAGUGUAAACUGAUGGGGUAUAAGGAACUGUUUAACAUGGAAUUUAGAAUUCGUCAGAAUGUUCAGAACAAGUUCCACUGUUCUAAUUGGCUCCCUAGUCUACACCAGAUUAGCAUAGGCAAACCUUUUGUUCAAAGUUAUGUCAGAUACAAUAUAUUAAUGUAUGACUCAAUAGAGCCUGUUUUUAUGGAUUAUUUACUUUGGAAAAAUGACAGUACAAAGGAAAAGUGUUAUAUAAAGAGCGAUGUUUAAACCCGGCCAAUUGUUUCAGUUUUGAGUGAUUCAGUACAUUUAGCCCUGCCGUAGAUGAUUAGUGUAAGCUAUAAUGAGAAUACAUUAAAGCCUUAGUCAGUUCAUGCUCUGGUAUGUUCAUAUAUACAUGCAUACAUUUAAAUGUCACCUUUAUUUAACUAGGCAAUUCAGUUAAGAACAAAUUCUUAUUUACAAUGACGGGCCUGCCUAGAACAACAGAUUUUUUAACUUGUCCUUUUGGGGAUUUGAUCCAGCAACGUUUCAAUAACUGACUCAAAGCUCUAACCACUAGGCUACCUGCUGCCCAAAACUGUACAUACAUACAUACAUACAUACAUACAUACAUACAUACAUACAUACAUACAUACAUACAUACAUACAUACAUACAUACAUACAUACAUACAUACAUACAUACAUACAUACAUACAUACAUACAUACAUACAUACAUACAUACAUACAUACAUACAUACAUACAUACAUACAUACAUACAUUGGAGUGAGAUAAUGAACAUGUUUCUGGUACAACCAGCAGAGGUAAUAGGGUUUGGACUGAGGUUAUGUGCAGAGUAGAGUCAGAGAGGUCCAGAGAGAGUCAGAGUAGAGUCAGAGUAGAGUCAGAGUAGAGUCAGAGAGGUCCAGAGAGAGUCAGAGUAGAGUCAGAGUAGAGUCAGACAGAUCCAGAGAGAGUCAGAAUAGAGUCAGAGUAGAGUCAGAGUAGAGUCAGACAGGUCCAGUGAGAGUCAGAGUAGAGUCUGACAGGUCCAGAGAGAGUCAGAGUAGAGUCAGAGAGGUCCAGAGAGUGUCAGAGUAGAGUCAGAUAGAGCCAGAGUAGAGUCAGAGUAGAGUCAGACAGGUCCAGCGAGAGUCAGAGUAGAGUCUGAGAGGUCCAGAGAGAGUCAGAGUAGAGUCAGAGUAGAGUCAGACAGAUCCAGAGAGAGAGUCAGAAUAGAGUCAGAGUAGAGUCAGAGUAGAGUCAGACAGGUCCAGCGAGAGUCAGAGUAGAGUCAGACAGGUCCAGAGAGAGUCAGAGUAGAGUCAGAGAGGUCCAGAGAGUGUCAGAGUAGAGUCAGAUAGAGCCAGCGAGAGUCAGAGUAGAGUCAGACAGGUCCAGAGAGAGUCAGAGUAGAGUCAGAUAGAGCCAGAGUAGAGUCAGAGUAGUCAGAUAGAGCCAGAGUAGAGUCAGAGUAGAGUCAGAUAGAGCCAGAGUAGAGUCAGAGUAGAGUCAGAGAGGUCCAGAGAGUGUCAGAGUAGAGUCAGAGGUCCAGAGAGUGUCAGAGUAGAGUCAGAGUAGAGUCAGAGUAGAGUCAGAGUAGAGCCAGAGUAGAGUCAGAGUAGAGUCAGAGUAGAGUCAGAGUUGGCUAGAGUAGUGGUUAUGGGCAGGGUUUCCCAAACUCGGUCCUGGGAUCCCCCUGGGUGCAUGUUUUGUUUUUGCCGUAGCGCUACCCAGCUGAUUCAAAUAAAUACAUCUUGAUGAUGAGUUGAUUAUUUGAAUCAGCUGUGUAGUGCUACGGCAAAAAAAAAGCAAAACGUGCACCCAGGGCCACAGGACUGAGUUUGAGUCAAAGGCAAUUAAUCCUGGUUUAAAGGAAAGGCAGAGAGUGACUACAGUAGUGGUUUAGAUGAAAGGCAGAGAGUGACUACAGUAGUGGUUUAAAGGAAAGGCAGAGAGUGACUACGGUAGUGGUUUAGAGGAAAGGCAGAGAGUGACUACAGUAGCGGUUUAAAGGAAAGGCACAGAGUGACUACGGUAGUGGUUUAAAGGAAAGGCAGAGAGUGACUACAGUAGUGGUUUAGAUGAAAGGCAGAGAGUGACUACAGUAGUGGUUUAGAUGAAAGGCAGAGAGUGACGACAGUAGUGGUUUAGAUGAAAGCCAGAGAGUGACUACAGUAGUGGUUUAAAGGAAAGGCAGAGAUUGACUACGGUAGUGGUUUAGAGGAAAGGCAGAGAGUGACUACAGUAGUGGUUUAGAUGAAAGGCAGAGAGUGACUACAGUAGUGGUUUAGAUGAAAGGCAGAGAGUGACUACAGUAGUGGUUUAAAGGAAAGGCAGAGAGUGACUACGGUAGUGGUUUAGAGGAAAGGCAGAGAGUGACUACAGUAGUGGUUUAAAGGAAAGGCAGAGAGUGACUACGGUAGUGGUUUAAAGGAAAGGCAGAGAGUGACUACAGUAGUGGUUUAGAUGAAAGGCAGAGAGUGACUACAGUAGUGGUUUAAAGGAAAGGCAGAGAGUGACUACAGUAGUGGUUUAGAGGAAAGGCAGAGAGUGAUUACAGUAGUGGUUUAAAGGAAAGGCAGAGAGUGACUACGGUAGUGGUUUAGAUGAAAGGCAGAGAGUGACUACAGUAGUGGUUUAAAGGAAAGGCAGAGAGUGACUACAGUAGUGGUUUAGAGGAAAGGCAGAGAGUGAUUACAGUAGUGGUUUAAAGGAAAGGCAGAGAGUGACUACGGUAGUGGUUUAAAGGAAAGGCAGAGAGUGACUACAGUAGUGGUUUAGAGUAAAGGCAGAGAGUGACUACAGUAGUGGUUUAGAGGAAAGGCAGAGAGUGACUACAGUAGUGGUUUAGAGUAAAGGCAGAGAGUGACUACGGUAGUGGUUUAAAGGAAAGGCAGAGAGUGACGACAGUAGUGGUUUAGAUGAAAGGCAGAGAGUGACUACAUUAGUGGUUUAAAGGAAAGGCAGAGAGUGACUACGGUAGUGGUUUAGAGGAAAGGCAGAGAGUGACUACAGUAGUGGUUUAAAGGAAAGGCAGAGAGUGACUACAGUAGUGGUUUAAAGGAAAGGCAGAGAGUGACUACGGUAGUGGUUUAGAGGAAAGGCAGAGUGUGACUACAGUAGCGGUUUAAAGGAAAGGCAGAGAGUGACUACGGUAGUGGUUUAAAGGAAAGGCAGAGUGACUACGGUAGUGGUUUAGAGGAAAGGCAGAGAGUGACUACAGUAGCGGUUUAAAGGAAAGGCAGAGAGUGACUACGGUAGUGGUUUAAAGGAAAGGCAGAGGGUGACUACGGUAGUGGUUUAGAGGAAAGGCAGAGAGUGACUACAGUAGUGGUUUAAAGGAAAGGCAGAGAGUGACUACGGUAGUGGUUUAAAGGAAAGGCAGAGAGUGACUACGGUAGUGGUUUAGAGGAAAGGCAGAGAGUGACUACAGUAAUGGUUUAGAGGAAAGGCAGAGAGUGACGACAGUAGUGGUUUAGAAAAAUGACAGAGCGUGACUGUGACAGCUAGACAGGGAGACAGACAAGCAAAUGUUCUGAGUUCCAUUGAGUUCCGUUGUCAUAGUAUUCUAUCAGCUGUGAUGGAGAACAAUUAAAUUCUAUACAAUUCAAUGUGCUUCUAUCAAUGUUUGCAUGAAGAAGAAAAAGCUACAUGGUUGUGUAUGAAAUGGCUCUAUAUUCCGCAUAUAGAGUGCACUUUUUUUGAUGAGAGCCCUGGUCAAAAUUAGUGCACUAUAUAGGGAAUCGGGUGGCAUUUCAGACACAUACUUACUGUCCAUAUAUACCUCGCUGCCAACUCCACUUCCUGUCCUGACUGUGUUGGAGUGUUCUUGCGUUACAAGUCAAGCGCUCUGUGUUAUCGUGACGAAUGUGUUGUAGAGUCUGCCCUGGCAUGUCAAGGACAAUGUGAUGUAGAGUCUGCCCUGGCAUGUCAAGGACAAUGUGUUGAAGAGUCUGCCCUGGCAUGUCAAGGACAAUAUGUUGAAGAGUCUGCCCUGGCAUGUCAAGGACAAUGUGUUGAAGAGUCUGCCCUGGCAUGUCAAGGACAAUGUGUUGAAGAGUCUGCCCUGGCAUGUCAAGGACAAUGUGUUGAAGAGUCUGCCCUGGCAUGUCAAGGACAAUGUGUUGAAGAGUCUGCCCUGGCAUGUCAAGGACAAUGUGUUGAAGAGUCUGCCCUGGCAUGUCAAGGACAAUGUGUUGAAGAGUCUGCCCUGGCAUGUCAAGGACAAUGUGUUGAAGAGUCUGCCCUGGCAUGUCAAGGACAAUGUGUUGUAGAGUCUGCCCUGGCAUGUCAAGGACAAUGUGUUGAAGAGUCUGCCCUGGCAUGUCAAGGACAAUGUGUUGAAGAGUCUGCCCUGGCAUGUUAAGGACAAUGUGUUGUAGAGUCUGCCCUGGCAUGUUAAGGACAAUGUGUUGAAGAGUCUGCCCUGGCAUGUCAAGGACAAUGUGUUGUAGAGUCUGCCCUGGCAUGUCAAGGACAAUGUGUUGAAGAGUCUGCCCUGGCAUGUCAAGGACAACGUGUUGUAGAGUCUGCCCUGGCAUGUCAAGGACAAUGUGUUGAAGAGUCUGCCCUGGCAUGUCAAGGACAAUGUGUUGUAGAGUCUGCCCUGGCAUGUCAAGGACAAUGUGUUUAAGAGUCUGCCCUGGCAUGUUAAGGACAAUGUGUUGUAGAGUCUGCCCUGGCAUGUCAAGGACAAUGUGUUGAAGAGUCUGCCCUGGCAUGUCAAGGACAAUGUGUUGAAGAGUCUGCCCUGGCAUGUCAAGGACAAUGUGUUGUAGAGUCUGCCCUGGCAUGUCAAGGACAAUGUGUUGAAGAGUCUGCCCUGGCAUGUCAAGGACAAUGUGUUGAAGAGUCUGCCCUGGCAUGUCAAGGACAAUGUGUUGAAGAGUCUGCCCUGGCAUGUUAAGGACAAUGUGUUGAAGAGUCUGCCCUGGCAUGUCAAGGACAAUGUGUUGUAGAGUCUGCCCUGGCAUGUCAAGGACAAUGUGUUGAAGAGUCUGCCCUGGCAUGUCAAGGACAAUGUGUUGUAGAGUCUGCCCUGGCAUGUCAAGGACAAUGUGUUGAAGAGUCUGCCCUGGCAUGUCAAGGACAAUGUGUUGAAGAGUCUGCCCUGGCAUGUCAAGGACAAUGUGUUGAAGAGUCUGCCCUGGCAUGUCAAGGACAAUGUGUUGAAGAGUCUGCCCUGGCAUGUCAAGGACAAUGUUUUGAAGAGUCUGCCCUGGCAUGUCAAGGACAAUGUGUUGUAGAGUCUGCCCUGGCAUGUCAAGGACAAUGUUUUGAAGAGUCUGCCCUGGCAUGUCAAGGACAAUGUGUUGAAGAGUCUGCCCUGGCAUGUCAAGGACAAUGUGUUGAAGAGUCUGCCCUGGCAUGUUAACGACAAUGUGUUGAAGAGUCUGCCCUGGCAUGUCAAGGACAAUGUGUUGAAGAGUCUGCCCUGGCAUGUCAAGGACAAUGUGUUGAAGAGUCUGCCCUGGCAUGUCAAGGACAAUGUGUUGAAGAGUCUGCCCUGGCAUGUCAAGGACAAUGUUUUGAAGAGUCUGCCCUGGCAUGUCAAGGACAAUGUGUUGUAGAGUCUGCCCUGGCAUGUCAAGGACAAUGUGUUGAAGAGUCUGCCCUGGCAUGUUAAGGACAAUGUGUUGAAGAGUCUGCCCUGGCAUGUCAAGGACAAUGUGUUGUAGAGUCUGCCCUGGCAUGUCAAGGACAAUGUGUUGAAGAGUCUGCCCUGGCAUGUCAAGGACAAUGUGUUGAAGAGUCUGCCCUGGCAUGUCAAGGACAAUGUGUUGAAGAGUCUGCCCUGGCAUGUCAAGGACAAUGUGUUGAAGAGUCUGCCCUGGCAUGUCAAGGACAAUGUGUUGAAGAGUCUGCCCUGGCAUGUCAAGGACAAUGUGUUGAAGAGUCUGCCCUGGCAUGUCAAGGACAAUGUGUUGAAGAGUCUGCCCUGGCAUGUCAAGGACAAUGUGUUGUAGAGUCUGCCCUGGCAUGUCAAGGACAAUGUGUUGAAGAGUCUGCCCUGGCAUGUCAAGGACAAUGUGUUGAAGAGUCUGCCCUGGCAUGUCAAGGACAAUGUGUUGAAGAGUCUGCCCUGGCAUGUCAAGGACAAUGUGUUGAAGAGUCUGCCAUGGCAUGUCAAGGACAAUGUGUUGAAGAGUCUGCCCUGGCAUGUCAAGGACAAUGUGUUGAAGAGUCUGCCCUGGCAUGUCAAGGACAAUGUGUUGAAGAGUCUGCCCUGGCAUGUCAAGGACAAUGUGUUGUAGAGUCUGCCCUGGCAUGUCAAGGACAAUGUGUUGUAGAGUCUGCCCUGGCAUGUUAAGGACAAUGUGUUGAAGAGUCUGCCCUGGCAUGUCAAGGACAAUGUGUUGUAGAGUCUGCCCUGGCAUGUCAAGGACAAUGUGUUGAAGAGUCUGCCCUGGCAUGUCAAGGACAAUGUGUUGUAGAGUCUGCCCUGGCAUGUCAAGGACAAUGUGUUGUAGAGUCUGCCCUGGCAUGUCAAGGACAAUGUGUUGUAGAGUCUGCCCUUUGUACACACUACAGUGUAGUGGACUACUUUUGACCAGGGCCCAUAGGGCUCGGGUGCAAUUUGGGACUCAUUCAGUUACAUACAGGGACAGGGACAGUGAACUCAUACGUUACAAUACUGCCAUGUUGGUGACUAUUUGAGAUGUGUCAGAUUAAAAAAAAGAUUGCCAUCAGAUAGAGAUGUCAAAUGUAAAACUAUGUAUCUAUGAGAUGACAAUGUAAUACAGCGUAGCUACACCUGGCUGUUUCAAAUUCAUUUGAUCCUUUCCUUGUUGUGCAAUAAUAUUGCCAAAGACUGAUUUCAAACUAUUUCAUCCAUUCAUCCAUUCAACCAUGUAAAUAUCACAUUGUCCAAUAACUGUGGCAAAAAAAAUGUAACAAUGUUUGUUUUUUUUCUCCUUUCCAUUUUUCUAAAAACCUACAAUAAUGUUUGUGAUGUAAUGUCUUCCAGUCGCAAUAAAUGAAAAAUACAAGUUGCA